CUGGAUCCUUAACUCACUGAGCGAGGCCAGGGAUCGAACCCACAUCUCAUGGAUACUAGUCAGGUUUAUUUCUGCUGAGCCACAGUGGGAACUCCUUCAUUGAUUUCUUUAAUUAGUCAACAAGCAGCCAUUUAUUUAGGACUCUUAUUUAUCUUGCCCUGUACUAAAAAUGGUAGAAAUCAGUCCCACUUUUAAGAUUCUAUAUCAGGAAAACAAAAAAGACUACAGAAGACAAAGAAUAAGCAUAGGAGAGGAUUUAAUUGUGUGAUUUUGACUUUAAAAUUGCUGAAGUAAGCAAGCAGUUAUGGGGGCAAUAAUAACGACUUUGACAGAGGGUUUAAUAUAAAAUGUAGGUAGCUAAACAUUUAAGCAACCCACGUCAAAUGAUAAAACCUAGGUUUUUGAGCAAAUCAUUUGAAAUCAUGGUAUUCAGAUAUUGUUAAAAUUUAUUGAUACUCAUAGCACCUUCUUUAAUUCUGCUUUACUUCUGUGAGUUGUUAUUUUUAAGUGAUAAAAGUAUGACCAGAAUUGCACAGAGCCACUUUAUUCACUUUUGCCAUGGCCAUCGUUUCUUAGUUCAUUUUUAUAAAAAAGCAAUCUUGUGUCUUAAAGUGAGCAUUUAGUAAUAAUGGCCUUCUCAUUCCUUCAUAAAAUAUUUCCUGAGUUCCUCCCGUGUGCCAGGCCCUGCUCUAAGCUCUCAGAAAAUAGAGGUGAACAAAACAGAGAACUUACCUUCGAGGAAGUUUCCAGAGGGGGCGACAGACCCUAAACAAGAAUUCAAGUUGGAAUGCCAGCCAUACAGUAGUCUGUAAGAGGAGCGGUAACUGGCAUUAAGACAUGCGCUUAAGCAAUAGAGGAAUUUACUUUUCAGUGUCUUCCAAGGUCCAUGAGAACGCACACUUAUUUACCCAGAGGGUUUGGAUCUCACUGUGUUUGUCCAGAGGGUGUGACUGUGGAGGAGAACACCAGCUGGAAGCUCUGCAUGUUGCAGGAGUGGAAAUGCAGUUAACGGCUGCGGUAUCAUUUUUGACCAUUCUACAGGAAGAAUCAGUGUCAAUUCAUACAUAUGCCCACUCCUUCCUCCAAGUCAUUCUACUCCACCUGGAGCACAGGGAUGCAGGUGUCAGCAACGCGUGGCUUGAAACUCUUCUGUCUGUUAUAGACGUAUUGCCCAAAGAGACCCUAAGGCAUGAGAUUUUGAAUCCACUUGUUUCCAAGGCACAACUUUCCCAAACAGUCCAGUCUCGUUUAGUUAGUUGUAAAAUUUUAGGAAAAUUGACCAACAAAUUUGAUGCACAUGCCAUUAAAAGAGAAAUACUUCCCUUGGUAAAAUCACUCUGUCAAGAUGUAGAAUAUGAAGUUCGAUCUUGUAUGUGUCGGCAGUUAGAAAAUAUAGCUCAGGGCAUUGGGACAGAACUUACAAAAAGUGUGGUGCUCCCUGAAUUAAUAGAACUUUCUAGGGAUGAAGGCAGCAGUGUACGGCUGGCAGCUUUUGAAACUUUGGUUAAUCUGCUCGACAUAUUUGAUACAGAUGACAGAAGUCAAACUAUACUUCCCUUGGUGAAAUCAUUUUGCGAAAAAUCUUUCAAAGCAGAUGAAUCAAUUCUUAUUUCCUUAUCUUUCCAUUUGGGAAAACUGUGCCAUGGGCUGUAUGGAAUUUUCACUCCAGAUCAACACUUGAGAUUUUUGGAGUUUUAUAAGAAACUUUGUACAUUGGGUUUGCAACAAGAAAAUGGACACAAUGAAAACCAGAUUUCACCCCAAAUCUUAGAGCAGGAGAAGAAAUAUAUUUCAGUACGGAAGAACUGUGCUUAUAACUUUCCGGCCAUGAUUGUUUUUGUGGAUCCUAAAAACUUCCACAUGGAACUCUAUUCUACAUUCUUCUGCCUUUGCCACGACCCCGAAGUACCAGUCAGAUACACUAUCGCUAUUUGCUUUUAUGAAGUGUCUAAACUUCUGAAUUCUGGAGUAUAUUUAAUACAUAAAGAACUAAUAACAUUAUUACAAGAUGAAUCACUGGAGGUACUAGAUGCUCUCAUAGAUCAUCUUCCAGAAAUUCUGGAACUUAUGUCCACUGGUGGAGAAAGCAGUGUUCAAGAAAAUAAGUUAUCAUCCCUGCCUGACUUGAUUCCGGCUCUCACAGCAGCUGAGCAGCGAGCUGCAGCCUCUUUGAAGUGGAGAACUCAUGAGAAGCUGCUCCAGAAAUAUGCCUGUCUCCCACACGUCAUAUCAAGUGAUCAGAUUUAUUAUCGUUUCUUGCAGAGAAUGUUCACAAUCAUGAUGACAAAUAAUGUCUUACCUGUGCAAAAGGCAGCUUCACGAACUCUAUGCAUUUUUCUCCGUUAUAAUCGUAAACAAGAACAGAGACAUGAAGUCAUUCAAAAAUUAAUCGAACAACUGGGCCAAGGAAAAAGUUAUUGGAAUAGACUCCGAUUUUUGGAUACCUGUGAAUUUAUUAUAGAGAUCUUUUCCAAAUCAUUUUUCUGUAAAUAUUUCUUUCUACCUGCUAUUGAACUGACACAUGAUCCAGUAGCAAAUGUGAGAAUGAAGCUCUGCUGCCUGUUGCCCAAAGUGAAAUCCACUCUGAAGAUCCCUGCGGAUAAGCAUCUACUUCAGCAGUUAGAAAUGUGUGUGAGAAAACUCCUCUGUCAAGAGAAAGAUAAAGAUGUUCUGGCUAUCGUGAAAAGAACCGUGUUAGAGUUGGACAGAAUGGAGAUGUCUAUGGAUGCUUUUCAGAAAAAGUUUUAUGAAAAAGAUUUGUUGGAUCAAGAGAAAGAGAGAGAAGAACUACUUCUUUUGGAAAUGGAACAAUUAGAAAAAGAAAAGCAACAAAAUGAUGGAAGGCCCAUGAGUGAUAAAACCUUUGAAAAGAAACGUAGAGACACCAAGACACCCACAACUCUCCCCAAGAGCAUCCCCGUUUCUGUUCCUGGAACCUCUCCUGGCACCUCAUCCACAAGCAAAGAAAUCAAGAAAUCCAAAUUGAUUCGAAGCCAGUCUUUUAAUAAUCAAGCUUUUCAUGCAAAAUAUGGCAGCCUAGACAAGUGCGCUAGUAAAACAUCUGCAGCAGCGGCAUAUACCCCUUCCGUCUCAGGCUUAGCAAAGACUUCCAUGAUUUCACUAAGUGAUGAUUCAUUCCGGACUCGAAAUGCCAGCAGUGCUCCGAGUUCCUUCUCAUCUAACACCCCCCUGCCUGGCACCUCCCGAGGGACAGGCAGCUCAGCUGAUCCAAAGAGCAGCGGAAGUAAAGACACACAGCCACGGAAGGCCACCUUAAAAUCCAGAAAAUCCAAUCCUUAGAUCAUCUGCUUGAUGAAGGAGGUAAAACAAAGACAACUGGCGAUGAUGUGAUUGAUGGACAAAAGCUAAAGUGGUAGUUAGGGUUCUUUUUUUUUUUAAUGAAUGGAAAAGAGAUACGUGAUGGCCGCUGAUAGUGUUCAGUGUUCCAUAUUUGAAAUUAGAUUCCCUGGGAGGUAUAAUAUCUAUUUCUUGAAUAAUAAUGUGGUUACAGAAUUCCAGUGUUCUAGUGAAGUAUAGUGAAAACACAUCUUUAGGUAUGUGCUUUAAGUACUGCUUCAAAUGAGACAAGUCUGCAUUUAUUUGUGCAGGAAACCAUCUAUUUAAUUGUUCUAGAGUUUAGCAUUUAAAAAUUGUUUGAAAGGUCCAAAUCAGCUGAAAUCGACUGCCUCGAUGAUCACUCAGAGGGGGACUCGGGAGUAAGGACACUGCAUUUUCUCCCAGAUCUCCAAGCCCAGUUGAAAAGUCACGCUGACACAGGGUACAAACAGCUGUCCAAAAUUAUAUCAGCCCUGCAAUUGUGGUGACAAGAUGUUGUACCUGGACAUUCCGAAAUUAAAAUUUGGCAAUGAAAAUGCUACAAAGAUUUCUGAUAACUUUUAGCUACCACUACCUUAAAAAUAAUAGAGUGAUGAUUUCCUUUAUUUCCUAGAAGAAUUUAUUUUAUAAAUACUUUGUUUACAUUUUAGAUUGUAUUUGUCCUUACUGAAUUAAAAAAUGAUGAAUCUAGUUUGAAUCAGCUGUUAUUCCAAGCUAUCAUGCUUAAGCUAUGUCAACAGCAUUUAUUUGUACUAAUGCUAAUAUUUCCAUCAAAAUUUGCCUGUGGAAUAUAUACAGUUCUUAAUUUUAAAACGUCAGUUCUUGAGAUAUACUGUAUGAAGCUAUUGUCAGCUUCUCUAUUUCAAAAUGCAAUCCGCAUAUAACUACAUUGAUAUUAGAAAAUUUUGUUUUUUUAACUAUAUUGAUGUAUGAUAAAGAUGAUCUAAUUUGUGAAUGCAUAUGCGUGUGUGGUUACUUUUUAUAAUGUGAAAUAAUAAUGAAUUGACUCAAAAUAAAACAUAGGUUAAUGAGAUACCUGUGUUUGUGGAAAAAAAAAAAGCUUUAAGUACUUUCCUGCAGUUUUUAUUCUGUAAUUAAAGAUAGGUCAUUUUUAAUAAGGAGCCAGAAAAGCACACAAACGUCAGCUAUAAAUUACCCAGGGGACAGCUACCUGGUGUGGGACUUUUUCAUGCUGUUUGCUCCCCCCUUUCCUUACCUGUGGCCUCUUUGGGGCUAUUUUUAGUGAUUCUUAUAUCUGUCAUUUACGGGCAACAGGUAAAUGGAAUUGUUCAACCAUUCAUUUUGCUGGAGUUCAAAAUUAAGUAAGUAUGAGAAGCUUGACAGUACUGCUAAUUCAUAGGCUCUUUGUGGAUUUCAUUUAACUCUUUUAGCGAUGUCUCCUGCCAAACAUUGCUAACGUGGACCUGAGUGCACUGUGAUCUAGGAGAGGUACGAAAGGACCUCAGAGCAGCAUCAGUUUUUCCAGCACUUGAUUUCAUAGCAUUGCUUUGGUUACUUUAAAUAAAAUGGAGAACUUCAGUUUACUUGUUCAAUAAUAAAUGUUAGCAGCCUUAA